AUGCAGCCUACUCAUCUUCUAGAGCCAACUCAGGCUAUUGCCAAACUUAUUGACCUCUUAUUUGCUGAAAAGAAGACUCCUCUGAGUGUUAAACAGCGCCAAGACUUAUUAGAGUAUUUAUUGCCAUAUGCCCAGAUUUCUUCGGUUGUACCUUCAGAGAACGAAAUAAGAAGACUAGCUGGACACUUGCCUGAAUCCCGACAAGAAGAGAUCGACAAAUUACUACAAGGAAGUACUCCUGAGACCAGAAAGGCUCUUUACUUCCUUUUUAAGGCUAAAGAUAGAAUGCAGGUUCAAAAAAGACCGGAUGGAGGAGUGAUUGAUAGUGAAGAUAAUGCCCAUUUAGCAGCUAAAGGUGCCUGUAUUGGUGUUUACUUGUCUUGGUUUCGAGAUAUUGCUGAAGGAAAGUCUAGUCGGAUUCAAGCUAAGAUAGAUAAAGGUUUAUUUGAAAUCUGCUAUCUAAUCUACAAGUCUGGAGAGGCUUAUCUUUAUCUCUCCAAAAGCAUUACUCAAGAAGAAGAACCACGUACUAAAGCUUAUGCCAUAGUUAUAAAACAACACUUAGCCCAGUAUAGGAAAGAAAUCUAUGAAGUUCCUUCUAAAGACUUGUUUGACUUCUAUAUUCAGCACUCCUUACGUAUGAAACAUAUUGCCCGACUUUGUCACGUCUCACAAGAGUUCCUUUCUUUUGCCGAGGAGAGUGAUAGUUCUGGUUGUGUGCUGGAAUUAGUGGCUUCACUAAAGAAAUCACCUUGGACGGACGAACUCGCUACUGCUAUUUUAACUGAGUAUCGUAUGCCUCUUUCUGAGGCAAUAGUUCAAUGGAUUAGAAAUGGAGUAGUUAGUGGUACUUUUAUUCGUGAGAUUGGUGAAGGUGAGUAUCGGACUUCAGUCUUACUAGAAGAAGAGAUUCCAGAAGAUCUACCUUUAACUACGGCUAAAGAGAUAUUGUAUAUGGGUAAAACUAGUUCUUUAUUAGCAGUACUUAAUCCGGAGGAACAUAAGAGAGUUCUUAAUGACUUGAGUUUAUUAUCGGGUGGAAUAUUCAAUGUAGAAGGAGUGAGUCAGAUUUAUCAACGAUUUCAAAACCAAAUUCAAACCCAGUUCUUUGGGGAGUUUAAAAUUAUGGCUCAUCUGCAGUUGAUUCGAGAUGUUUUCUUUCUGUUUCGUGGUGAUUUUGGUUUGGACUUAAUGAUGGCUUUGGCGGAAGCUUCUUCUUCUAAUGAAGUUUCGGUGGCGGUAGAUGAGUCAUUAGAACGGUGUUUUGGAAAUGGUCCAGAAUCUUUUGUGGAUGUAGUGGGUGAGAGUACGUCUUUAUCUCUUAUUUACAAACCUGUCUUUCCUUAUAGUGUAGUUACUUCUUCCUUGGCUCCGUACUUAACUGAGGCUUUUGAGUACUUUUGGGCCUUACGCUUAGCUAUUGCCAAUAUCCAGAAGUUACAUCAACGGUAUCCUAGUCCACAAACCUUUGUAUUAGCCUUGAAAGUAUCGGAAAUUGAGUAUCUCUUCUUUGAACAAACUGUGCAGCCUUUGUGGAACUUUCAGUCUCUCUCACCAGAGACACUUUUUACUCCGGAGUCGCUGACCAAAUGGGUUGAACGAGUUGCCUACCACUUAAUUUCUACUUGUAAGGAAGCCUGUACUUUAUCUCUCUUGCAGCUGAUCAUUGCUCAAACCCAGCCGUCUGUGCAGCCGCCAGCUAAAGAUACUUUAAAUACCACCUUAUCUCUACUUCAAAAAAUCACUAUGGCCCAAUGA